AUGUACGAAACAAGAUUUAAAAAAAAUUUAUCAUUGUAUAGAAACCUAUUAAAAAUAAAAGGUUUAGGUAAAUUUAAAAUAUUUAAUAUAUGUCAAAUAUUGGGUAUAAAUCCUAAUAUAGAAUACAGUAAAUUAUCAGAACAUUAUAUUGACGAACUAAAUUUAUUAUUAGCUAAUAUCAAAAAACAAGAUUAUAAUAGUAUUUUAGAAAAUGUUAAUAUAGACAAUACAAAUACUCGAAUUAAUAAUAAAAAUAUUGAUAAAAAUAAAUUAAAUUUAUAUUUAUUUAAUAAAAAUAGUACUUUUAAUAAAUCUACUAAAAAUAUAGUAUUAAUUGAAGAAAAUUUAAAUGAUUAUGAAUCUUCUCAAAUUAAUACACUAAUUCAAAUUAAUGCAUUAAGAGGAAGACGAAUUAAAAUGGGAUAUCCUUCUAAAGGUCAAAGAACAAGAUCUAAUGCUAUAACAGCUAAACGAAUAAAUAAGCGAUUAAUAAAAAAAUAA